AUGGCUUCGACGACGACGACAACAACGACAACGGAAUCUGGCGAUCAUACAGACACUGCCAUCAUCGCUAUUAAUAUAAUCCUCGCGAUCAUAGCGACCAUUACCUGUGCCGGACGAUUUUGGGCGCGGAAACUCACGGGAGUAGGAUGGGGCGCUGAUGACUGGCUGGCGCUGGCCAGUUUGAUCGUGAAUCACGCCUUCUGCGCCAUUACUGUCGAGGCCACAGUCAAUGGCGGUCUAGGUCGGAGUAUCGUGGUGGUCAUGGCCGAGGAUCCAAUGCAGUUGGUCACUUUCCUGAAGUGUGUCGUCGCGGCUGAGUUCUGCUACGGUUUCUCUUCGCCGCUGAUCAAACUAUCUCUGCUGACCUUCUACUGGCGCGUUUUCCCUACGGCGUUCAUGAAGAAGGGCAUCUAUGUUUUGUCAGGGGCAUGCAUUGCCUGGCUUCUCGCCAUUUUCAUCACCAAUUGCCUACAGUGCCGUCCUCUUUCGUACACAUGGGAACAGACGACCAACCCCGGAGCUGGUACCUGCAUUGAUCUGAUUCUCUACUUCGUGGGCAACUCCAUCGCAAACAGCGUGAUCGAUGUCUUGACGCUGGUGCUGCCAAUUCGCGAGACCAUGAAGCUGCAGGUCAGCUCGAGCAAGAGAGUGGGCAUCUGCUGUGUUUUCGCGUUAGGCAGCAUCGUUGUAAUUGCCAGUCUUGUGCGUUUCGGCUCUCUGGCUUCUCUCUACUCCACUGGUGUUACAGACAUGACCCAGCAAUACGCCCUCAUGUGGACUGCCACCGUCGUGGAGAUCUACGUCGCCAUCAUCGGCGCCUGUGCAGUUACUCUCGUGCCCGUGUACCGCAAGAUGCGCUACGGCACUCCUUGGUCAACCCGUGACAUGAAGUCCAACCAAAUUGCAUCAAAUCCCGGAGCUUUCGCGGGCACGGGCGGCGGAUCGCGGGCUGGAGCCAACCACAACUUCAAGCGCUCCGUAAACCACGAGAUGCUCCACUCAGGCAACGAUUCGGAAGAAUACCUGCACCACGGCAGCGGUAUGACAUACUCGGUGUCCGGAGCAACCAAGUUCAGUGCUACACGAAAAGAGCUUGGCGAUGAAGUACCCAUGGAUACUAUCGUUGUCCAGAGGGAUGUUACUUGGCAGGAAGAGCGAAACGUGAGGCAGCACGUAUAG